AUGGUCCGGGAAACCAGGCACCUCUGGGUGGGCAACUUGCCGGAGAACGUGCGUGAGGAGAAGAUCAUCGAGCACUUCAAGCGAUAUGGACGUGUCGAAAGUGUCAAAAUACUCCCUAAGAGGGGGUCGGAAGGCGGAGUGGCAGCGUUUGUGGAUUUUGUGGACAUCAAAAGUGCGCAGAAGGCACACAACUCUGUCAACAAAAUGGGAGAUAGAGACCUACGGACGGAUUAUAAUGAACCAGGAACCAUUCCCAGUGCUGCUCGGGGAUUGGAUGAUACAGUUUCCAUAGCAUCUCGUAGUAGAGAGGUUUCUGGGUUCAGAGGAGGUGGGGGGGGGCCCACUUACGGCCCCCCACCAUCGCUUCAUGCACGGGAAGGACGUUAUGAGCGGAGACUUGAUGGGGCUUCAGAUAACAGGGAGCGUGCUUAUGAACAUAGUGCCUAUGGACACCAUGAGCGGGGGACGGGAGGAUUUGAUCGGACGAGACAUUACGAUCAGGAUUACUAUAGAGAUCCUCGAGAGCGGACUUUACAACACGGGCUCUAUUACACUUCUCGGAGUCGAAGUCCGAACCGUUUUGAUGCUCACGACCCCCGUUACGAACCUAGGGCCCGGGAGCAGUUUACAUUGCCCAGUGUGGUACACAGGGAUAUCUACAGGGAUGAUAUUACACGGGAGGUACGAGGCAGAAGGCCAGAGAGGAAUUACCAGCACAGCAGGAGUCGGUCGCCGCAUUCGUCCCAGUCCAGGACGCAGUCCCCGCAGAGGCUGGCCAGCCAGGCGUCCAGACCCACCCGCUCCCCCAGCGGCAGCGGAUCCAGGAGCAGAUCUUCCAGCAGCGACUCCAUUAGCAGCAGCAGCAGUACCAGCAGCGACAGCAGUGACUCCAGCAGCAGCUCGAGUGACGAGUCCCCGGCACGGUCAGUUCAGUCGACAGCCGUCCCAGCGCCUGCGUCCCAGCUGCUUCCGUCUCUGGAGAAAGAUGAACCCCGGAAAAGUUUUGGGAUCAAGGUUCAAAAUCUUCCAGUGCGCUCAACAGAUACAAGCCUUAAAGAUGGACUUUUCCACGAAUUCAAGAAGUACGGAAAGGUGACGUCGGUGCAGAUUCACGGGGCUUCUGAGGAACGGUAUGGACUGGUGUUCUUCCGACAGCAGGAGGACCAGGAAAAAGCACUAAAUGCCUCAAAAGGAAAACUUUUCUUCGGCAUGCAGAUUGAAGUCACGGCCUGGAUAGGACCAGAAACUGAAAGUGAGAAUGAAUUUCGUCCUUUGGAUGAAAGGAUAGACGAGUUUCACCCGAAAGCAACAAGAACUCUCUUCAUUGGCAACCUGGAGAAAACAACCACCUACCAUGACCUUCGCAACAUCUUUCAGCGCUUUGGUGGAAUAGUGGAUAUCGACAUCAAGAAAGUGAACGGUGUUCCGCAGUAUGCAUUCCUGCAGUACUGUGAUAUUGCAAGUGUGUGUAAAGCAAUUAAGAAGAUGGAUGGGGAAUAUCUUGGAAAUAACCGGCUCAAGCUGGGUUUUGGAAAGAGCAUGCCUACAAACUGCGUGUGGUUAGAUGGUCUUUCUACAAACGUUACGGAUCAGUAUUUAACUCGACAUUUCUGCCGAUACGGGCCUGUGGUAAAGGUGGUGUUUGACCGCUUAAAAGGCAUGGCCCUGGUUCUCUACAAUGAGAUUGAAUAUGCACAAGCAGCUGUAAAAGAGACCAAGGGGAGGAAAAUCGGUGGGAAUAAAAUUAAGGUGGACUUUGCAAAUCGAGAAAGUCAGUUGGCAUUUUAUCAUUCCAUGGAGAAAACGGGUCAAGAUAUCAGAGACUUUUAUGAAAUGCUGGCAGAAAGAAGAGAUGAAAGAAGAGGAUCUUACGAAUAUGCCCCUGAUCGUACUUACUAUGAGACUGUUCGGACUCCAGGGACGUAUCCUGAAGAUCCUCGUCGAGAAUACCCAGCUCGAGGCAGAGAAUUUUACGCAGAGUGGGAUCCCUACCAAGGAGACUACUAUGACCCACGAUACUAUGACGACCCACGCGAGUACAGGGAUUACAGAGGCGAUCCGUACGAGCAAGACAUAAGGGAGUACAGUUACAGGCAACGGGAGAGAGAGAGGGAGAGGGAACGGUUCGAAUCCGAUCGGGACAGAGACCAUGAACGGAGACCGAUUGAACGGAGCCAGAGUCCGACGCACUCCAGGCGUCCGCAGAGCCCUGGAGCGUCUCCCUCCCAGUCGGAAAGGCUGCAGAGCGAUUCGGAGAGGAGGAUUUACAGCAGGUCAUCGGAUCGCAGCGGCAGCUGCAGCUCUCUGUCUCCUCCACGAUACGACAAGCUUGACAAAGCCCGUGUGGAGCGUUACGCAAAAAACGAGAAAACAGAGAAAGAGCGUGCUUUCGACCAGGAGAGAGUCGAAAAGGAGAAACGCUUGGUGAGAAAGGAAAAGCCGGAAAAGCUAGAAAAGGAGAAAACCGAUAAGCAAAAACGAAAAGCAAAAAUCCAUUCACCCAGCUCUCAGUCUUCUGAAACGGAUCAAGAGAAUGAGAGAGAGCCCAGCCCUGAAAAAGUGAAGGGCAAUAGUAAACAAAGUAAAGAGAGAGGUGACAAAGAAGGGACAGCUAAAAACCGCCUGGAACUAAUGCCCUGUGUCGUGUUGACCCGAGUAAAAGAAAAGGAAGGGAAAGUUAUUGAUCAGCCUGCCUUGGAGAAACUGAGAGCAAAGCUUGAUAAUGACACUAUGAAAUCCCCGCUUCUUGAACAAAAAACACAGACAUCUCAGGCUGAGCAAACCAAGUCUGAUCAGUCUAAACUGGAACCUGUCAGAACCAAGGUACAAAAAGAGAAAGCCCUUGCCAGUCACGUAGAAGUGGUGGAUAAGGAGGGAAAACUGAAACCCAAAAAGCACUUGAAGACAGAGCAAACUUCUGAGGGGGCCAACGCGGUGGAUUUAGACAAAUUGGAGGCUCGUAAAAGACGUUUUGCCGAUGCAAAUCUGAAGCCUGACAGGCAAAAACUGGAAGUGAAAAGAAGCAGCCAAGAUGAGGAAGAUGCACGCGUGGUUUUGAAAAAGCAGCUUGACGCAACGGCUUCGUCUAGAGAAGCAACAAUGUUAAGGGAAGGAGAAUUGGAGAGAAAACCCCUGAGGAAGGAGGUGCUUAAAAGGGAAUCUAAAAAACUCAAACUGGAAAGACUUAUUCCUGUUACUAGUCCCAAAGAAAUUCAGGAGACUCUUAAUGUUGGUGGGAUUGGCAUGCGUCCCACCCUAGAUCUGCAGGCGAGGCUAAUGGAGGCAGCCGAUGAACCAGUGGAAGUUCAGGAACUCUCUUCUAAAAAAUUGAAUCCAGUAAAACCCCAACAUAAACAGGUACAGCUACUAGAUGACCAAGGAACAGAGAGAGAGGACGCAAGGAAGAAUUACUCUGGUCUUCCUGAAGACACACCCGACCAUAAACUUGGCCAAGAGAAACCUCAGUCAACUGAUACAGAGGAGAAAAUUGGCAUUGACAUUGACCACACGCAAAGCUACAGGAAGCAAAUGGAGCAAAGUCGCAGGUUAAAACAGCAGCUGGAAAUGGAGAUUGCAAAGUCUGAGAAGUUCGGCAGUCCAAAGAAAGAUGUGGAUGAAUAUGAAAGACGGAGCUUGGUCCACGAGGUGGGAAAACCUCCUCAAGACGUCACCGAUGACUCUCCGCCAAGUAAAAGGAAAAAGACUGACCAGUUUGACUUUGAAAUUAGCACUAAAAGAGAAAGAAACUACAGAAGUUCUCGUCAGGUGAGUGAGGACUCCGAAAGGACGUCCUGUUCCCCUAGUAUCAGACACUUCCCUUUCCACGAAGAUGAUGACACGCUCGAUUCUCCGAGGCUAAUGCCAUUAAAGGAAACCAAAGAGUCGCCUAAAAUAGAAGAAAAGGGUCUUUCGUACUCCAACAUGACUGUGAGGGAGGACUCGCUGAAAUUUAAUCCUUACGAUUCCAGCAGAAGGGAGCAGAUGGCAGAAAUGGCUAAAAUAAAACUAUCCGUACUGAGUUCUGAAGAUGACUCAAGUAGGUGGGAGACACAAGUGAAGCAGGAGCCUGGCAGAGUUGACAUCAGCUUUCCUAGCAGCAUCGUCAAAAGAGACAGCAUACGCAAGCGGUCUGUCCGGGACCUGGAACCCGGGGAGGUGCCUUCAGAUUCGGAUGAUGACGGUGAAAACAAGCCCCAUUCCCCGAAAGCCUCCUCCUUGUUAGAGAGUUCCAGGUUGUCUUUUUUAUUAAGGGACAGAGAAGAGAAGUUACGUGAAAGAGAGGAGAGACUGUCAAGUUCCUUAGAAAGAAACAAAUUUUAUUCUUUUGCGUUGGACAAGACAAUCACACCAGACACAAAGGCCUUGCUUGAAAGAGCUAAAUCUCUCUCUUCGUCCAGAGAAGAAAACUGGUCCUUUCUAGACUGGGAUUCAAGAUUUGCUAGUUUUAGAAACAAUAAAGACAAAGAGAAGGUUGACUCAGCUCCGAGACCUAUUCCAUCUUGGUAUAUGAAAAAGAAAAAAAUCAGGACCGAUUCAGAAGGUGGAAAAUUGGAUGAUAAGAAAGAAGAUCAUAAAGAGGAGGAACAAGAGAGACAGGAACUGUUCGCUUCUCGUUUUUUGCAUAGUUCAAUCUUUGAACAGGACUCCAAGCGCCUGCAGCAUUUAGAGAGAAAAGACGAUGAUCUCGACUUCAUUUCUGGUAGAUUGUAUGGGAGACAGUCCUCCUCCGAUGGGACUAACAGCACGGCCGAUUUGGUGCAAGAACCGGUGGUUCUCUUCCACAGUAGAUUUAUUGAACUAACGCGAAUGCAGCAGAAAGAAAAGGAGAAAGAUCAGAAACCAAAAGAAGCGGAAAAACAGGAAGAUAAAGAAAAUCGGCCAAAAACACCAGAAACGGUUCCUGAUAGUAAAGAACCAGAACAUAAAACUUCCUCAGUGGUUGGUCCCUCUUCGGUCGCUGUCCUACCACAGGAACCAGCACCGGUUGCUUCUGAGAAGGUAGCGAACGAAAAGGUAGUGGUGGAAACAGCUUCUGUAAAAGAAGAAAAACCGUCUGAACCUGCUUCUACAGCAGAGGAACAAAAACCUUUUCCUGAGCUUGCUGCUCCUGUCAAAAUGGAACCACCUGAGCAAACCGAACCCGCGCCAGUCGUAGAAGCUAGUAAAGAAGUUGUUGCUACAACCCUGGCACCGGAGGAAGACGCUGCGGCAACAGAGCAUCCUUCAUACUUGGAUACCAAGCCUCCUACUCCUGGAGCUUCGUUUUCCCAAGCAGACAUCAGCGUAGAUCCAGAACCUGAAGGUGCCCAGCUGAUUCCACCUCCGCCCAAGCUAGUUCAGAAGUCCGAUGAGGCUGCCGAGCCUAAAGAAGAAAAUCCUCUGCCUUCUGCCAACGCUGAUGCUAGUGCGAGUCAGAAGGUGGAGGUGGCCGCGGAGGUCCUGCCGCCCGUUUCCGACAAUGACAUGGAAGUGGAACCCCCGGUUGUUGUAAAAGAUAAAAAGUCCUACAAGAGUAAACGCUCCAAGACUCCGGUGCAAUCGGCUGCAGCUAAUGUCACGGAAAAACCCGUCACGAGGAAGAGCGAAAGAAUUGACCGUGAAAAACUCAAAAGGUCGAGCUCUCCUCGUGGGGAGACGCAGAAGCUUUCUGAAUUGAAAGUGGAGGCGGAGAAGGUUUCGAGGAACGCUGCUAAAUCCCCUAGUUCUGCUGCAGAGCCGGAAAACGUGGAGCCAAGCUUGCCAAUAGGCCGGACUAGGCGCAGAAAUGUAAGGUCGGUCUACGCUACCACGGGAGACAAUGAAGGCCCAUCUCCAGUGAAGGACUCCGUGGAGGUCACUAGAUCCACCAGGAAGAGAGGGGAAAAGGAACCGCAGGAAACGGUGACAACUGUUCCUACGACUCCAAGGAGGGGAAGGCCUCCGAAAACCCGCCGUAAGCCAGAGGAGGACAUCUCUCCAAUAAAGACAGAACCGGUACAGCAAGAGGCGGAGGAGGCUGAAACUAAAGAUGCCGUAGAAGCUCCUAAGCCUGCGGAAGGUUGGAGGUCUCCUAGAUCCCAGAAGCUAACACACAGUCACUCAUCAGCUGCUACCAGCCAACAGGGGAAGAAAGGGAAGAACGAACCGAAAGCCGAUACCUCAGCUGAAUCUGAAGAUGCUGCUGAAAGAAGCGGUCAGGAAUCGAGUGUCGGUGACAACAGCAAUAAAGCAAAAGCCACUGAGAAAGAACCAGCAGCGAGCGAGCAGAAACGCGAUAGGAAAGACCUGGAUGCGGAGAAAAACCAGCUAGAAAUCCCCACGGUUGAGAUCAUUGAGAAGAAGCAGGCACCAGAAAAGGUUACGAAAUCCAAAAGGGGAAGGUACAAAAAUACCAAAACCGUCGUAGAUAAAGCAUCCGUGUGUCUGAAAAAUGUAGAAAUACGCCUCAACGUGGAUGAAGUCAAGGGCGCCUUGCGGCCGACUGAGGAGGAGGCAGAGCCGGUGGCGGUGUCGCCAGCCAAAAUGAAGAGCCCCCCAAAAGAGGACAUCUUGCCACCCCAUUUUGCUAAGAAUGAGGUAGAAGAUUCAUUCCCAGAAACAGAAAAAGAGGUGAUGCGGGAACCAAAGCAGUCGCCCGAAGCUGCGCAGUUAGCAAAACAGAUCGAACUUGAGCAGGCCGUGGAGAAUAUCGCAAAACUCACCGAAACUCCUCCGUCAAUUGCUGCCUACAAAGAGCCGACGGCAGAUGUGCCUGAAGUACGUCAGGAGGAGGAGGGAGAUAAACCCGCUCAUCAGGCUAGUGAAACGGAGCUGGCAGCAGCCAUCGGCUCCAUCAUCAAUGAUAUUUCUGGGGAGACAGAAAGCUUUCCUGCACCCCCGACGUAUCCCGCUGAAUCGGAAGCUGAAAUCCCCGCAGAGCCCUUGGUGUUACCGUCGCCUCGGGAGGAGAUGGAGCCUGAGACUGAUCAGGCAGUGAAUAAUAUCCUAGAAACUGAGGCUGCCGUCGAGCCCACAGUGCAGCCGGUUCCCAGCUCUGCCCCGACGGUUGUAGAGACAGAGAGCAAGGAGGCCGAAGUCAGCUUCAGUGAAUCUUCCAACUCUGCGCAGGAGGCCGAGACCUUGCAGGAGGCUGAAGUUGCUCGGAAGGAAAAGGGCCGUCAGAAAACCACGCGGCAGAGGCGCAAAAGGAGCACGGGCAGAAAGGGCGACGCCGCUGAAGUCAACGCCUUUGAGCCGGAGAGGGUGCAGAGCAAGUCUCCCCCUGCCAAUGAAGUAAAGACAAAACCCGAAGAAGCCUUGAAGGAGGAAAAGCAAAUUAAAACUGUGGCUCAGGCUUCCGUGGAGCCAAGCGCUUCCGAUGCCAGCAAGGCUACAGCCGCUGACGUCGUGGCCGCGCAUGAAGCUGUCGCUGAGAGCAGCACCUCUCCAAAAGCGCCUCCUCCGGCUCCUCUGGACCUGGCCACCCCACCAGUUCCCCUCGAUGAGGGGAGUCAGAGCGGGUUCAAGAUACGGUCGCCCAUGGAGAAUGCGCCCAUCACGCCGCCGAGCGCCCCAAAUGCAGCCCUUCCUGCCGUCCCUUCGGCAGCGGCCAAGCUGCCCCCCCCAGUGCCCGCCGCGAUUGUCCCCCUUCACUCCAGCGCUGCCAAGGUGCCAGAGUGGAUGGUAAGGCACGAGGAACCCCGUGCCCGUUCCACACCCCCGCCCGCUCUCCCACCGGACACGAAGGCGUCGGAUAUCGAUACAAACUCCAGCACUUUGAGGAAGAUACUCAUGGAGCCCAAGUACGUCUCGGCGACGAGCAUAACCUCCACGCACGUGACAACGACGCACGCCGAGCCGGUGAGCGCGCCUCGUUUGGAGGAGGCACCCCUCCACCCCGCCGUAGAGGCCAUAAAACCAGUUUCGGAGGAGAAGCCGGCAGUUCCCGUCACCAACGCCUUGGACCCACCGGUGGCUGAAGCACCAGUGUUCAGCGAGAAGGAAAAGAUAAGUACCGUGAUUGCUCCAAAAGCUACUUCUGUUAUAAGCAGGAUGCCCCACAGCGUGGAUCUGGAGGAGGCUCCGAGGAUCACUUUGGUGAAGCAAGCUCCCCAAACCCAGACGUGUCUCGUCAACGCCCCCUCACCGAAAUUUAAGCAGAGGUCAAGCACAAAUGAUAACAGUAGGUUUCAUCCGGGAUCGAUGUCUAUUAUCGAGGAGAGGCCUGUAGAGACUGGGUCCAGUCCAGGGCUGCGGGUGAACACCUCGGAAGGUGUAGUGCUUCUGAGUUACUCAGGGCAGAAGACGGAAGGCCCUCAGCGAAUUAGUGCCAAGAUCAGCCAGAUUCCCCCAGCCAGCGCUGUCGACAUAGAGUUUCAGCAGUCUGUAUCCAAGUCUCAGAUUAAACAGGAACCUAUCACGCCAUCUCAGCCGGCGCCAAAAGGCUCCCAGACCUCGGCGGGCUAUGGGGCUGUUUCCACCCAUUCUUCUUUGGUACUAGGAACACAACCUUACAAUACGUCGCCCGUCAUCUCCUCCGUUAAACAAGAGCGCACUGCACUGGAGAAGUCCGACUCAUCCCACCUUUCUGUCCAGACUCCAGCGUCUCAGCCCGGUAAAGUGCUCACGCAGACUGUAAACACUCCACCUGUACUCGUCCACAACCAGAUGGUUGUGAACAAAAAACUGUCUGAUCCGGCUGCUUUGAAAGUGGAGACUAAGACUCUGCAACCCUCCAACUUGAGUCCUGGAGUCAGUCCUCACCACCCUUCCCUCUCCGGGAAAAUGCAUUCGGAAGCAAACCACGUCAGCUCGGGACCCAGCACCCCAACCGACCGAGCUAUUUCCCACUUGGGGGUCACCAAACAGGAGCCGCACUCGCCGCGUACUAGCGGGCACUCGCCAUCGCCGUUCCCUCGGGCUUGUCAUCCUGGCAGUACCUCGUCUCCGGCUUUAUCGAGCAGUACCCCGGUCAUGCUGGCGCCGGGAAUUCCCGUUCCUCAGUACAUAUCCAGCAUGCAUCCCGAGCAAUCUGUUAUCAUGCCCCCUCACAGCGUAACACAGACUGUGUCCCUGGGCCAUCUGUCCCAAGGCGAGGUGAGGAUGAACACCCCUCCUCUCUCCGGCAUCCCGUACGGCAUCCGCCCGGAAGCGCUCCACUCCCCCAGAGCUGCUCUGCAACCCCAGAUAGAGAUCAAACCUCAGCGAUCCAGUACACCCCAGCCAGCUCCGAUACGGGACAUAGUCAUGCCUCCUCUGUCUUCUCAGCAUGCCCCCGAGGAGGAGAUGCACUACCACCACACCACGGUGUGCCGAGGACCAGCUCCCGUUCAGUCCGACGUGCUGGUGAUGCAGCCGGAUUACCGCAUGCACCCCACGAGCAUCAGGCUCGACCAGUACAACGUCCCCCGAGACGUGAGGAUGAUCAUGCACCCGCACAUGGCCGCCGUGGGCGAGCACCACUCGGAAACGAGACAAUCCCGAACGCCUGAAGGGGCUGUGAAAACUCCCCCCGUCAGUAAGACCCCACAGCCCGGAAAAGAGACGCCAAAAUCCUCUGAAGGCAAGAUGGCACACUCUCCUCACAGCGAGCCCCGGCUCCUUAGCGUCCCCUCCAGCAGCCAGCUGCCUGGACUGCCUUUGACGCAGCCGGUGGUGGUACCGCACGGGGUACAGAUCAUGCACCCCGCAGGGAGCUCCUUUCACGAUUAUCGGUCUGUGUAUGGCGACAUGAGGAAUUACCAUACGGCAGCACAGCUCGGGCAUCCUCAGUUCCCGGGUGCCUCGCCGAUUGGGUUGCCUUCCCGGAGCAUGACCCCAUCUCAGGGUCUACCGGAGGGCGAACACUCGCACCCCAGCCAGCCAGUACGCAGCAAGACUCCUCAGAUCCCCCAGGAUCCCAAGGGCCCGCCGGCAGCAGGACCCGAGCAGAGUCACCACCCCACUGUAAAUAGGCAUGCGGCACCGAUAGACCCUCACGUCCACCUUCAGAGGGCACAAGCGGACACGGGCCAGACCUCCUACCCUUCGCCCGUUGCCAUUUCGAUUAAACAGGAGCUUCCGUCACCGCACCAAGCUCAGGCGGUUCCCAAGCAAUCCAUGUUUAUCCCGACGACGUCGGGUCCCGGGGCCCCGCCGGGGCUCCCCCUCAAUCGCCCCGAGCCCCAGUCCGCUCUCAAACAAGAGCCAUCUCCUCACCCUGUUUCGCAGAGACCUGUGGAUAUGGUUCAGCUUCUGACGAAAUACCCAAUUGUCUGGCAGGGCCUUUUGGCUCUAAAAAACGACACGGCCGCUGUUCAGCUCCACUUUGUCUCCGGUAAUAACGUCUUGGCGCACCGAUCCCUGCCGGCGCCGGAGGGAGGACCGCCGCUGAGAAUCGCUCAGCGCAUGCGACUGGAGGCUUCGCAGCUGGAAGGCGUCGCGCGCAGAAUGAUGGUGGAGAGCGAUUACUGCCUAUUACUGGCCUUGCCGUGUGGCCGAGACCAGGAAGACGUAGUGAAUCAGACCGAGUCACUUAAGGCCGCGUUCAUCAGCUACCUGCAGGCUAAGCAAGCCGCAGGAAUCAUCAACGUUCCCAACCCCGGCUCUAAUCAGCCUGCCUACGUUCUGCAGAUCUUCCCACCCUGCGAAUUUUCGGAAAGCCACCUGUCCCGCCUAGCCCCGGACCUCCUCGCCAGCAUCUCCAACAUCUCUCCUCACCUGAUGAUUGUCAUCGCGUCGGUAUGAGCUGUUUACCGGUUACUGACUUUAUUUUAUUUUUUUU